UGUGUUCACCACCGCCAGUUACACUUAGAACAUUUACGAUUAGAGGAAGAACGUAGACAUAGAGGUACAGAACACGACGACAAGUUGCACCACUCGGAUACUGUCGCAGGAACACAACGCACGGAGACACACGCAUACGGUAUUUCGCACGUAGAGAAAACAAGCACGCCGCCGUGCAAACUUAUUACCACCGAUAUCAUUUCUACGAACAACGGUUUGUACUCGAUCCAAGAGUCCGAAGAGACCAGAAGCGGAUCAGACGCCAGGCACGAGUUCGUUUUUCCUGCUUACCCCGGUAAUUUAGAGGCGAUAGAGGCCAUGUCGAGUACCGCGGACCUUUCGACGGUGUCAGGAGGCGAGGCGCACAAAACGGCACAAGUUACCUACGGAAACGAGCCAUUGAAAUACUCGAGCAAACCAUCGGCAAAGUUCCUAAACGAAUUGACUGAUCAGAGCAACGUAAUCGCGGACGAGAACACGGAGGCUGAAACGGGCGUAAAGUAUUCGGCAAACACGGAUCACGUUUACGAAGAGGUGAACGCGUUCGAGUACGACAUAAUGGAUUAUUACGAGAAAUAUAGUCCAACGACCGCGAAGACCUUGAUCAAUACGCUUUUCCUUCCUCGGCAAAAGAUCUGCAAACAGUGCGCCAGCUUACAAAACAGCCCAGUAUACUCCGACCGAUUGGUAUACGGAAAGAGACCGUUGAACGCAAGGGAGGUGAAUUUGUUCCAGCUAAACGAUAUUAUAUGCUUCAAGUAUUGUCCAGAAGACGGUAAACGUAACGGCAUAAUGUUCUCGCAAUACGAUAAUACUCAGCAUCGCUUGUUAGUCUACGCAUAUACUAAAACGAAUGCAUCCAGCAUAUUUUAUUUUAACGGGUCCGUUAGAGACACGUUCGACUUAAGGACCUCGCUCUUACCGAAUAUUCUUCUCAUUAGAGGCCAAAAUAAGGGUGUAGUCAGCACGGAUUUGUAUCACCGUUGUGCAAGUAAUUUUUACAACAGAAUAUCCAACACCGGAGUCGCGGCCGCGUUUCGCAUGGACCACAAUAACAUUCUGAGCAGCAUAAAGCACGUCGGUUAUGACACCGACUUGCAGAACUGGAUGAACUACCGAAACGACGUAUUCCGAUCGCAUGGUUUCAAGCAAGAUGAUGUUGUCGAGCACAGGGCGAACCGAUCCAGUUUGUUGUUGUUGGAGCCGUUGCUGCUGAUGCCGGAGUUCACAAGACCGAGGAACGGGCACAGGAAGAACCGGUACGCGCAAUCGGAACACAUGAAAAUAGUGAAAAUUGUUAUUGCUUACACCCUGUCAUUUUUCAUAUUAGCGACGAUUACGUUUUACAUAGUUUAUUUCACUUGAGGAUUAUGCGGACCUAGCGGAACACAUUUUUGUCACUUAUAAUAUAUGUAGCGAUAUCCCAGAGAGCUUCUACUUUCUCGAAAUCCGAUCUGAAUUUUAAGGAGUUUGUAAAACUUCGAAUACACGGAAUCAGAGAAUUAAUUAUUUGACAUAAUUUAAUCUUCGAAGAAUUGUAGAAAUUUGAACGAAAGGAAACGAUUAUAUAAAAACACAUUCGAGAGAAAAAGAGGGAGAGAGAGAGAAAAUUCGAAAGGAACGCAUUUUUGAAAAAGAAGUAGAAAGAUCCUUUUGAUUGAAGAUUGAAGAAAAUGAAUUUUUCUAAUUUACUAGCAUUUGUUUGCAUAAAAUUUGUUUAUACGACAAUUCAACGUUAACUGUUCUGUCGCAUAUCUAAUUAUUGUAUUAAUUAUUAUUAUUUGUUAAUGCUACUUGAAACUUGUUCUUGCUUACAUAUAACCAUGUAGAACAACAUAUUUAUAUACAUUGUUAGGGAACUGUAUUCCAGCGAUUUUAUGGAGAAACAUUAGUACAAAAUUGUACAACAACGAAAAGAAAUUCUAUUUAUGUAACACUGAAGCAGAUAUUGGCUGAACGAUAACUAUUUUUUCAUACAGUUUGGAAACUUUAUAAAAACGGUUACCGGGACAAUAAACGGGUUGUUGAGAUUUCUAACUCUGUUUUUUAAUAUAUUAAUAAUAUAUUUAUUAGCAGAUGCCGUUAAUAUUGCAGGUAUAUUUCGGACACAUAUUUUCUUAAUCGCUUUCAUAUCUGUAUGGAAUAUUUGCAAUAAAAUUAAUAUACAUAAUGUUAUUUUGCAUAA